AAUGUUGAUGAAAGUGAGCAGUCGUAAUUUCGAUCACCGUUUGACUCGACUGCUACUUGACAAUUUGAACAAAAUAGACUUGCAUUUCACGAGGACAACUAUCAGUUAUAUCUCGAUUGUUGGCAGACGAUAUGAUCCCAGGCAUGGACCCUCGAUCUACAAAAAUAAAGACGAAGACAACACACGCCUGGAGGGAUCUGAUUUUAAGAAGCACUACAGGGAAAAGGAUGAUGUUGAAGUGAAAUUCACAGACCGCAGAAUUGACAGGCUCAAAAAUCCUACCAGCGCGGACAAGUAUCAUUUCCACUACUUCCAGUCGAGGAGGUUUGCGAGGAGCGUGUUUGCGAAGCACGGAAUGGCCAGUGGAGUGAAUCCCUCAAUCUGUUUCCCUGACAAGCAAGAGAUGAACCAGCUGAAGCAAUUGCUCGAUCAAGAAAGGCCCAUCAGUGAAAUGCUGGCAGAAAUCAAAGCGGAAAAAGAAGAGUUUCAAAAGCAAAACAACGAACGCGAGGAAAAGAUCCAGUCUACAUUAGCCAAGAUGCCAGAAAUGGUGAGAGACUGGAUGGAAACGAAGGCACAAGAAAAGAGAAGAGAGGUGCAAAUAAAAGAGAAAAAGGCUCAAUAUUUAGCGAGGAUUAGACAAUUACAAGGAACUGGCGGGUCCCCUAGUGUUACGGAUCAAGGAGCUAUUUUGUCUGUACUUGUUGAGGAGGAUUUGCAAAGGGAAAAGGGAAUUGACCCUGAAAAGAAACAGAAACAUAAAUUGGCGAAGAAACUAGCGGCUAAAAGUAAAACAAAAUCAGAGAGCACAAAAGGAAGUGUAAGUGCAGAUACGACCGACGCGAGCUCAACUGAGGUCGCUAGUGAUUUAGAAGAAAAGAUAAACGAAUCAAAUACGAAAUCUGAAACAGCCUAAAUGGUCAAUUAAUUUUGCUCGAAUUCUAGUUUUGACGAUGUCAUGUUGUAUUUCUAAUUGCGGAAAAAAUAAUAACGCUUGCGAUUAAUAA